AUGAAAGCAAAUUCAGUAUGUCUAUUAGAUGAUUUUUAUCUUUAGAAAGUCGUGGAGCUCAAAAUUAAUUUUACGUUGCAAAACAUAGGAUAAGAACAUUUAUCUUAGUUGUAACGUGUUAUUAAAAACGCUUAAAAUUUAGAAGCACUUUAUUACAGAUUUGACUUUAAUGAUAAUAUUGAAGAAGUAUUAUAAGUUGUUUGUGAUUCUAUUUUUGAGCAUAAAAAUUUAAAUAGUUUGCACCUAUAGCUGUUAAAAUGUUAACUAAAUUUUUCUGCUUUAUAAAUGAUGGAAAACAAAUUAUCUAAAAUAGAAAAUCUUUAAUCACUAACAUUAAAUUUGAGGUACAACUUCUCUAAAUAAGAUGGAUCUUUGUUGCUUGGUAAAAUCAUAGCUAACUGUGCUCAAUUACAAUAUUUAAAUUUGGAUUUAAGCUUUAACAAAAUGGAAGCAGAAGGCUUUUUGAGUUUAACAGAAGGGAUAAAAUUAUCCUAAAACUUAAAAAAUUUGACUCUUUCAUUAAGGGAAAAUCAAAUAAGAUCAGAUACAAUUUAUUAAUGUUUAGCAAAUAUAGGUUAGUGCUAAAAGUUGUAAAAUCUCUUUAUUGAUUUCAGGGAAAACUAUCUAAAAGAUAAAGGAUUAGUCUAUUUAGGUUAAGGCAUGUAGCAUGUAUCACAUAUAUAAGAACUAACUCUUUAUGUCCAUAAAAAUGCUUUUGGAGAUCAAGGGCUUUUAGAAUUAAGCCAAGGAAUAUCUUUGUUAGUUAAUUUAAGAAAAAUAGCUUUGGAUUUAAGUUAUAACAAAAUUCAAAAUGAAUCUACAGAAAGUAUUCUUGAAACUAUUUGGAAUCUUUAAAACUUAGAAGUUAUUAUUUUUGAUGUGAGUGGAAAUGACAUAAACGAUUCUAUAUGCUUCAGUGAUGUACCUUGUGAUAAGUAAAUAGAAAAUCUGAAGCACUUGCAACUCAAUUUUAACUUUUUAAGAUUCUAAAAUUGGCCAGCAUUAUAAUUAAUUUAAAGAGUUAUAAAGUAUAAGAAUUUGAAAUUUCUCUCCUUAGAAAUGUGUUGUGAUUAUAUAACAGAUGAAACAAUUAUUGAACUUUCAAAGUCUUUUAAGAACUUAAUUAACUUAAAAACCAUGAUACUUGAUUUUAGUGGGAACAGUAUUCGUGAAACAGGAGUUGCCUCAUUAUAAGAAAUUUAAUAUUGCAGUUAAAUAACUAAACUCUAUCUUAAUCUAAGUGGUAAUACAAUCAAUUCUGAAGGAGCAAUAUCGAUUGGAAACACAAUAUCUAAAUUACUUCAAGUUGAAGAACUAAACAUUUCAUUUUACAACUGUAAUUUUAGUGAAAAUGUUUUUUAUGAAAUUAUGAAAUAGAUUUACAAAUGUAAAUCAUUAAAACUUUUUUAAGUCACAGUGAGAUAAAUUUAACAAAAGUUGCACUUGCAGAUAAGAAGAUUCUUUAUGAAAUUAAAUAAACUAGUUUUAAUGAAUUUUUCAUUUAGAUGA